AUGCCGUAUACUGUAAUUAGGUGCGCGCGCGUCGAUUUCACGCCCAGGCUUAUCCGUAAGAGUGUGGCAGUUAAAGUUUUAUCAACAUUCGAUAAAGCGGCGAUCGGCAAUAAAAACACUUGUGCAUACACUAAGCCGUUUUGGGGCAGUUGUUGUGCAGCGGCCGGCGCGCGCGCAUCUCAUCAGACCCGUCAUAUGACGUCACCGCUCCCGAAUGACAGCGAGGCGACCCGAGCGGAUUGA